AAAGCGGCCGUUGACGAAGGACAGUUUCCUCCACUUGAACUGCCUGCUCAAGCUCCUGCGCCCAGAACAUUUCUAGCCCGUCCUGUUGCGACCAACCACAUGUUGCGCUACAUCGCGAGGUCGGUUUUCGGCGUUCGUACGGAGCGGGGGAACUUUCCUGUGCUCCGCGUAAACACAAUUAGUGGCUGCGGCAAAACAACCUUCGGCCAGCAUGCAAUCUCCGAGGUUCUCAACCUUCUGCGUCAGCCUCAACAGAAUCUUACUCUCACACCUGAGCAGCAAACGUAUCUCGUUUCCCUCCUUGAGAACUCCUUGCAACUCUUCAUCGACUUCAAUGGAGGUGAUGCGAUUCUCCCGGCUGAUCGUGUUACAUCGAAUUCUCAUCUGAUUCUCCCUGUUCGGCUGGCCGCUCGUGGUCUUUGCGGCCAAUCAUUGACACGCGCCGCGAGCAACCGCAUUUUCUGUGCCUCUUGGUCUACGCUCUCCACAGAUGUCGUUCUCGACGCUAUCGUGGCACGCUAUCGGCAGCAAAACCCGCAGCUCGCUCAGCAGCGAGUAUUGAUCUUUGUCCACAUUGACGAGUUUCAACUGAUGGCGCCAGCCAUGUCUCCGGUACUGACGUCUGAGGACGCAAAUCACUGGCUCAAGCAGGCAGUCCAAGAGAUCGUUGGGUACAAUACCCGCCAAGACCGAGCCGUUGUGAUUUUGCUUCUCACCAGUACUGCAUCCAGCGGCAUGACGUUUAAUAUCACGCGCCACACAGUAAUACCGGUCAACCUUGUUCCCUUCGACCUGGACACUUCCAUCUUGUUGCUCCGGAGCAUGAAUGUUCAUCCAUCGUGGUGUGAACUCUUUGAAUUUCGGCGGCUGAUCCGUGACCUUGGCGGCCUUCCUGCUCUACUUACAACGUUGGUAGAGAGACAUCCUGAGUUGCAACAACCGUUCACCCCUUCGGUCAACAUGUCGAGUGUGCAGAACAUCAGCUGUGUCAUCGACAUGCUCGGAUCUUCCAUGACUGCUGCCGUCUUGAGCCGAUGCCCGCCUGAUGUUUCAGCGGGGAUGAUCACUGCCAGCGGUUUCGAGACUUUGGUUGAACUUUCGUUCGCCAACCUUCCGAUCUUUGAGGAGACUGAGAUUGGUACUACCACCGUGGCGGCACUUGCCCACCGUGGCAUUAUUGUCACGACUUAUCCCGAUGACAACCUCCCUCAAAACCUCGAUGAAAACCUCGAUGAAAACCUCGAUGACAACCUCCCUCAAAACCUCCCUCGAAGCGUCGAAGGAAGGGGUAUCGUCAUCCGGAUGCCAGUUGCCAUGCUGUCUGUGCUUGCGGGCCGGUUUAUGAGCGGCCAUUUAACUUACACGUCAAUCGCGAUGUCAAAAUUCCCUCGAGUGGCUGGCGGCGACGGCGUGGCAUUUGAGGCGUUUGUUCUGUUUUCGGUGGCCAGCCGUCUGAACAUGAUUCGUUCAUGGCUGCUGGCCGCUGCUCGACCAGCGCGCGAUCCUCAAGCCGAUCCGCCCAUCGCCGUGCCUCGGCUUCACCAUGUUCUCGGUCUUCAAUCCAAUGCGCUGCGAGGCAGUGCGCCACGUGGCCUCUUGAAUAUCGAGCUUGAUCUUCGAAACCCUGGCAACAUGGCCGAGGCGCAACGUUUUGAAUUUUUCAAAGAGCAGCAUCAGUUCAUCACCAACCGCCACGUUGUCCAUUCCGCCCAAAGUCCUUCUGCAACCCUGUCUUUCUCAACAAAUGCCUCGGCGUCUGAUACGGUCACAUGGGAUGCAGUGGACAUACUUGGUGCGGGUCCCAGCCACCCUGUGUUUCAGUGCGCAAAUUCAACAACCGGCGUAGAUGGGCGUGUUGCCUUGCGACGCGUCGCAGGUGGCGCGAGGCCCGUGAUGAUCCUCUUCCAGAUGAAGGAUGUGAGCACAUCUCGGGAAGAGCUGCCGUCUGCAUCGCAACGGGCUUCGGAUAUUGCUCGGACUCUGGCCGAUCUGGACCGCUCGGCACUCGGCGGAGUUUAUGAUUUUGUGCUUGUGUUGGCGUUCAGUGGCAACGCAACGCGAGCAUGGGCGAAGGACGUUCGCAACGGCAAUGACCGUGUCAUUGUUCUGAUUGGUGAUGACAUUGCCUGUUUGUGCCCGAUGUUCUAAGCUCAGCUUUAUUGUUGUCUGCCGCGACAAUCCCCAGUUGCCCAUGACACAGCACCGUCCUGUUGGCUUUUUCGACCCCCGUUUGUGAGACUCCGGUUGGGCGUUAGAACUAUUGGCCAGGUAAGGUCGAUUGAUUGAUACAAAAUGCGCAAUGACCACUAUUUCACAGUAUCCAAAUAUAUCAGAAUAUUCUAAAUC